AUGGCUCAGUUAGAACAUGAAACUAUUGAACAGUAUAUUACUCGCUUACGCCAGAGAGCAGAAACCUGUGAAUUCGGGAACCGGGAUGCCAUUGAUGAGAGAAUACGUGACCAAAUCAUUGACAAGUGUGUUCGUCAUAACUUACGCCGGAAAUUACUAGAAAAAGGUAGGAACCUUAACCUUACUCAAGUCCGAGAAAUCGCAAGAGCCCUGGAAGACUCCGAGAGGCAAGCCACGUCAAUUGAAGGUCGUGCGCAAGGGGCCAUAACCGGUGUUGUAAACAAGGUCAGUGUUCAAAACAAGAAACAUUUUGCGAAAAAGACAAACAGUAAAUGUGAAGGACACUUGCGGAAUGACCCCAAAUGCCCGGCAAGGGGAAAGAAGUGUCAUAAGUGUAAGCAGACUGGACAUUUUGAGAAAAUGUGUAAAACCAAAGACCGUGGAGAAAAGCGGAAACCAGGGAAAAUUCAUCACAUUACGGACCAGUCAGGCCAGAGUGAUGAAGACAAAGUGUACGCAUUUCGUGUCCACCAAAAUUCUGUGUUAAAUGACAGCCCGGUUGUGAAUGUUGGUAAUGUUGACCUCAGCAUGAUUAUUCACUCAGGGGCGAGCUGUAAUAUAAUGGGAAUGCCAUUAUGGAACUAUCUGAAGAAAAACCACAUAAACUGUGUUUCGUCCAAAGUUGAGAAAAAACUCUAUGCUUAUGGAAGUCAACAACCUCUGAAAGUGGCUGGGAUCUUCACAGCAACUGUGAAAUACAACCAAACCGUCAUUCCGGAUGUGGAAUUCGUGGUCAUUGAGGGAGAAGGACAAGCCUUACUUGGUCGAGAUACAGCUGUGCAGUUGGGCGUGUUACAGAUCGUUAGCAGUGUAAGUGAAGCUGUCAAUCUGGACAACAGAACUGUUUUUGAGAAAUACCCUAAUGGCUUCAAAGGUGUAGGAAAGCUGAAAUCCUUUCAACUAGAAAUACCAAUCGAUCCAGAUGAUGAGCCAGUAAUACAGCCUAUGAGACGUAUACCCUACAGUUUGCGCGACAAACUCGACAGGAAGUUGGAUGAGCUACUCGAUUUGGACAUCAUUGAACGCGUUGACAAGCCAUGUGCGUGGGUGUCUCCAGUGGUUUGUGUACCCAAACAUUCAGGUGAUGACAUUCGACUCUGUGUGGACAUGCGCCAGGCCAAUACUGCUGUGCAACGAGUCCGUCACCCUAUUCCGACAAUUGAUGAAAUUUUGCAUGAAAUGAAUGGUAGUACUGUUUUAAGCAAACUUGAUGUUACUUGGGCAUAUCACCAGAUUGAUUUAAAACCAGAAUCUCGAGAAAUUACUACUUUUGUAACACAUAAGGGUUUAUUUAGAUACAAACGUCUUAUGUUUGGCAUUAGUUGUGCCCCAGAAAUGUAUCAAAAGGUCAUGCAACAAGUGUUGCAAGGGUGUGAGGGGGAGCACAAUAUUAUGGAUGAUAUCAUUGUACAUGCAAGUAGUCAAGAAAAACAUGAUACAUGUCUUGAAAAUGUUGUGAGAGUGUUGUAUGAAAAGGGGCUUACCCUUAACAGGGACAAAUGUGAGUUGAAUAUGUCAGAAGUUGUAUUUAUGGGUCAUGUUUUGUCUGAUCGUGGCAUAGCUCCGUCUGAUGCCAAAGUCAAAGCCGUUGUCGAAGCACGCGAACCCAAAACUUCGAGUGAAGUGCGCAGUUUCUUAGGGCUUGUAAACUAUAGUUCUAGAUUUAUUCCAGAUCUAGCAACGGUAGCAGCUUCGCUACGAGAGUUGACGCGCAAGAAUUCAGUUUUUAGAAGGGGGAAAUCUGAACAAGAGUCAUUUGUAGAAUUGAAGCGUCGUCUGGCAGAUGCCAAAACGUUGGGUUACUAUGACAAAUCUGCGCCGACUAAAGUCAUAGCUGAUGCUAGUCCUGUAGGACUCGGGGCGGUGCUGGUGCAAGAGCAAAAUGGGGAACAUCGCGUUCUUUCAUACGCAAGCCGUAGCCUAAGUGAUACGGAACGUCGGUAUUCGCAGACAGAGAAAGAGGCUCUAGCCUUAGUUUGGGCGUGCGAAAGGUUUCAUGUUUAUUUGUACGGUACAGAGUUUGAGCUACUCACUGAUCACAAGCCGCUUGAAUGUAUAUAUUCUCCCAAGUCGAAAGUUUGUGCUAGAAUAGAACGAUGGGUGCUGCGAAUGCAACCAUACACAUUUAAAGUUCGGUACAUUCCUGGUCCAAGGAAUAUCGCAGAUACACUUUUGCGUCUUGUUAAGAAUGACCCUGCUCAAAAGUCGCUUGAUUUGGAGGAUGCUUAUGUGAGGUUUGUAGCUAAAGAAGCUACCCUGAUGGCGAUGACAACACGUGAGAUCGAGAGAGCGUCAGAGAAUGAUCCAGAAAUGUGUGCUAUAAGAGAGUGUCUUGUAAGCCCGCAAUGGCAUCGUAUGGAAGUUAAGGAAUAUUUGCCAGUGCGUAUUGAGUUGUGUUCGAUUGGUAAGUUAGUACUGCGGGGUACACGAAUUGUUAUACCCUUACAGUUGCGUAAUCAGGUUCAUGAGCUUGCGCAUGAAGGCCAUCCUGGCAUUGUUGCAAUGAAAUCUCUGCUUAGAAGUAAAGUAUGGUGGCCGGUGUUGGAUAAAAGUGUUGAAAAAUUUUGCAAAAGUUGUUAUGGUUGCCAGUUAGUGGGUCAACCGAGUAAACCUGAACCGAUGAAGCGCACUGAAUUGCCUUCCGCACCAUGGCAACAUCUUGCCGCUGAUCUUUUAGGGCCGUUGCCAAGUAAAGAGUAUAUAUUUGUGCUUGUAGACUAUUACAGUCGAUAUUUUGAAGUCGCGAUUACGAAAAAUAUUUCGUUAGAGAACAUAACAGGUCUCAUAUCGAAGUUCUGUUUAACUCAUAGAUUGCCGUAUUCAAUCCACACCGACAAUGGUCCACAGUUUGUUAGCGAACAUUUUAAGAAUUACAUGUUCGAAAAUGGCAUUGUUCAUCAUAAAACAACCCCCCCAUGGCCACAGGCAAACGGCGAGGUUGAGCGACAGAAUAGGUCAAUUAUGAAACGUGUCGGAUUGCAUUUGCCGAAGGCCGAGAUUGGAAAUCUGAACUUGACAAAUUUCUUGUGA